AUGGCAUUUCUCUGUGGAUCCUCUUCAACUUCUACUAAACCAAUUGAGAGAAAAAUUGUUAUUUUAGGCGACGGUGCCUGCGGUAAGACAUCGUUAUUGAAUGUCUUCACAAGAGGUUACUUCCCGGAAGUCUACGAACCUACCGUUUUCGAAAACUACAUUCACGAUAUUUUCGUGGACAACAGACAUAUCACCCUUUCCUUAUGGGAUACUGCAGGUCAAGAAGAAUUUGAUAGAUUACGAUCUCUUUCAUAUUCCGACACUCAUACGAUCAUGUUGUGUUUCAGUAUAGAUUCUCGUGAUUCUUUGGAAAAUGUAAGAAAUAAAUGGGUUGGUGAGAUUACAGACCAUUGUGAAGGUGUCAAACUUGUCUUGGUCGCUUUGAAAUGUGAUUUAAGAAAUAACGAUAGUGAAAAUAAGGCAAUUACUCCAAAUAAUAUUCAUCAAAACAAAAAUCUCAAUAGUAGUAAUAACAGUUUAAUAACAUACGAAGAAGGUUUAGCAAUGGCAAAGAAGAUUGGUGCUUUACGUUACUUAGAAUGUAGUGCCAAGUCCAAUAAAGGUGUCAAUGAAGCUUUUACUGAAGCUGCAAGAGUCGCAUUGACUGCAGGCCCUCAAGUUUCAGCCUCUACUGAAAAUGACGGUGGUAGCAGUUGUAUAAUUAUGUAA